AUGGAUUCUAAAGACAAGCGGAAGUUUGAGAAUGAUGAUCCUCAUCCUGGUUGUUCGGUCUCAAAGCAGCGGAAGGUAAUUGGCCCUUCCCUCCCUCCUCCUCAAGAGGCCGAUGCAGCGAACAGUGAAACUAGCAAUGAUGAUAAUGAUGAUGACGACGAUGAUGAUUUCGGUCCAAGUCUUCCUCUGAAAGGCCCUGUACUCCCAGUGCCUACCACUUCCACGGCUUCUGAUAUACCUAGACCGGUGGAAAGGGAAAGCCAGCGAGAUCAAUGGAUGCUGCAACCUCCCUCCCACUCCGACUGGUCUUCCAAGGUCGAUCCUACACAACUACGAAAUCGCAAGUUCAAUACAGGCAAAUCAGCCACGGCACCUAAGAACAUGGAUUCCUCGUGGGUUGAGACUCCAGAGGAGCGAUUGAGGCGUCUGCAGGAUACAGUUAUGGGCGUUGCUGCCUCAACAAAUCAGCCCGAGGACAACAAAGGUGCUACAAAAGCAAAGAUGAUGGAGGAUCAAAUCAAAAGAUACAAGGACAUGACUGGGAAGAACAGUCGAUUGGAAAAUCCAGGUCAGGCUGAGAAAGAAGAUGAUGAUCCAAGUGCGCGUGCCUUUGAUCGAGAGAAGGAUAUGGCAGUUGCUUCGAAGAUAUCUAGUGCGCAGCGCCGGGAGAUGGUAAAGAAGGCUGCGGAUUACAACACACGUUUUACAAAGGGCAACUUCUUAUAG